UCCUUCACAGCGGCGGAGUGGAGCUCAGAGGAAGGAAUAGUUUUGCUGCAAGGAGGGUAGAUCCCUGAGGAGUGAAUGGAUCAGUGCACUAAUGCAGGAAAAACUCUUCGUGGAAACCCUUCUUCUAUCUCCGUGAGAGAAGCACUACAUGCCCGUUAUGUUCUACUGUGGAGGCUAGAGCGUUUUGCCAAGACAAGGGAAAAAGCGGCGGACUUCGAGUCGGGACACUCCUUCGUUUGAGUUGCCUGUAACGUUAGCUCGUCCGGGCACUGUUUCCAAUCUGCUUUAAGCAUCGGAGAAGGGUUCAGCCAAGCAGGACAACUGUCGGCAAGAUGCAGGGGGUUUCGGCAACAACUGACCUCUCUCCCUCCUCUCUACAGUACCAGUGUGGAUCGGUGGACUUCCUGUGUUCCCCACGGCUGGGAAAGAAAGCCCCGCCCCCUCCCAGACCAUGUCACAGCCGGCCUGCAGUCAAGCCCCACCCUCAGCCUACCGCCACACCCACCUCUCAGAAACCUCAAGUGCCGCCUAAGCCCCUGCACCUGCUGGCCCUCGGACAGGACAAGAAGCCCAAGAGGAUCCCCCCGGCCCCCUCCAGGCCGCUGCCUGCUCCCCCAACUUCGCCCAAGCCGCGGCCAAGCCAGACCCCCCCUGGCCUGGCCACACUGCCUCAAAGAGAAGCCCAGAACGUGGGGCUACUCAUCGAGAGGUUUGAGAAGUCCAGGAUUCCGAUUCUUGGCGUCCCCCUGAAGAAUCAGCUCCACCUGUGCCUGAGUAUGGACGCCAUGUCUGAGACCACACCCCCCUCUGCCCCUGACCCCACAGCACACUCCCCUUCAGGGUCAGCAGGAGCAAAGGAUUCUGGGAAACGCUCCCCUGCCGAAAAACUUGCACAUAUUGUCUCGGAGCGGAUUGAUGAUGUCACAGAGCUGAUAGAACUCUCACGCCUGGCCUCACUCCGCAUCGACGGCCACGAGGACAUUCCUCUGGACUCAAUGGAGGACCACCUCGACAUCGCCCAUGGUGAUGGAGUUGGUUCCCUUGACGAUGCGGAGCGGGAGGAGAGAGGCUCUUCCCAUGAGCUCCAGGACAAUCCGGACUCUCUCUCCUCGGAGCAGAACUUAAAUGGGAAGAUUCCCAACAGGGACAGCGGGAUUGACAGCCCAUCGUGUGCGGUGGAGGGUGAGGUGUUCCCCAACGAGGACGCCAUCGACGAGGAAGAGCGCUAUGACAGCGUCACGGAGACGGAGACCAGUGUGUCCUGCUGCAUAACCCUGGACAACAAGCGUGACUCCACGCAGGACGAGGACAGUGACCUGGAUGAGGUCAGCAGUGGGGAGAUGGAGGGAGGAGAGAAGACAGACACACUCAGGUGCUCAGAGACCCAGAGGUUACUGAACAUCGCCAGAGAGCUCCUUCACACUGAGGAGGCCUACGUCAAGAGACUCAACCUCCUGGACCAGGUAUUUUGCACUAAGCUGACAGAAGCUGGAAUCCCUCAGGAGGUGAUAACAGGGAUCUUCUCCAACAUCUCCUCCAUCUACUGCUUCCACCACAAGUUUCUUCUCCCUGAGCUCAAGACACGCAUCACUGGAGAAUGGGACUCAAACCCGCGUAUAGGAGAUAUCCUGCAGAAGCUGGCUCCCUUUAUGAAGAUGUACGGAGAGUACGUGAAGAACUUUGACCGUGCUAUGGACCUGGUCAGCACCUGGAGCCAACGCUCAUCACAUUUCAAGAGCGUGGUCCAGAAUAUACAAAAGCAGGAUGUGUGUGGGAACCUGACUCUCCAGCACCACAUGUUGGAGCCUGUUCAGAGGAUCCCUCGCUAUGAACUCCUGCUCAAGGACUAUCUGAAGAAACUGCCUGACGAUGCACUGGACAGGAAAGACACAGAGAAGGCAUUGGAGCUCAUAUCCACAGCAGCCAACCACUCCAAUGCUGCCAUCAGGAAAAUGGAGAAGAUGAACAAACUGCUGGAGGUCUAUGAGAGACUGGGGGGAGAGGAGGACAUUGUGAACCCAGCCAACGAACUUAUCAAGGAGGGACACAUCAAGAAGAUGUCUGCCAAGAAUGGGACGGCCCAGGACCGAUACCUCUACCUGUUUAAUAACAUGGUGCUGUACUGCGUUCCCAAGCUGAGAUUGAUGGGUCAGAAGUUCAGUGUGAGAGAGAGGAUCGACAUCGCAGGGAUGGAGAUCAGGAAGGAGGUUCAGGAGAAUGUGAAGCAGAAUCUUCCUCUCACGUUCGCCAUCAUCGGCAAGCAGCGCUCACUAGAGCUGCAGGCCAGCACGGCAGAGGAAAAGGAAGACUGGAUACAGGUGAUCCUGGCCACCAUAGAGAGACACAAGCAGAACAGUGAGACCUUUAACAAAGCCUUCAACAGCUCCUUCUCCAGGGAGGAAGACCACACGCCAGACUCACCGGGCCCCUGGAGCACCACAUCCAUAGACUCAGACAGUGAAAGACUGCAUGAAAGGAGAAGUUCCAAGAAGAAGGAGAAGGAGAAGCAGACAUGUAAAGGCUGCAGCGAAAGCUUCAACUUCACCAAGCGCAAACACCACUGCAAAGCCUGUGGAGCGGCCAUCUGUGGUAAAUGCUCUAAGAUGUUGGAGAAUAAGACGUGUCGACUGUGUCCUGAAUGCUUUGAGACGAGCCAAGUCCCUGAAGGGGAGAUGAAGAGGAAAGCUACAGCCGAGAAGCAGGUGUCUCCAUCUCUAUUGGGGGACAACUGUCUGCAGUGUGGCCAGCUGCAGGUGCAGGAGAAGGGCAAGAGCUGGACAAAGACCUGGGUGGCCGUCACCAAGACUGAACCUCUAGUGCUGUACCUGCAGACCAGCGGACAGGACUCUCGUGGGGUACGGGCCAUACCCCUCCCGGGGUUUGAAGUGAACAUGGCAGCGCCAUCGGCAACAGAGAAGUCAGAGCUCAAACACGCGUUCCGGCUGAGUAACUCCCAGCAGGCUCUGCUGUUCAGCGCCCAGGAUGCAGAGGUCCAGGACCAGUGGGUGGAGCUUCUCUCUAGAGCCGCCCGCGGGGAAACAACCACAGUCACGCCCGUCAGCCUGGCGGAGCACAGGAAGAGCCAAUAGGGAGGCUCAGUUGAGGCCACAGGACCCUCCCCCUCCUUCCCACCUCUCAUGUGGACAGAACAGACAUUACUUGAAUUCACUUUACCUUGGCACUUUUUAUUUUGUUUUGUUUUCUUGGACGAGAGGGAAGAAUCGUCUCCUCCACCAGACACACACACACACAUUCACACACAGACUCGCUCUUUCCCUGGCUCUCUCGAUCUCUCUCGCUUAUACACAUACAUGCACACACACAUGCACACACACACUUGUGCCACCAGUUCGACACCAUUGUAUGCAUGGUUACGUUGUAUUUCUCUCAGUGUUCUCUGCAGUUCAAGAAGAGCAGAAGACUCUUUGAUUUAAUAUGUUUUGUAUUAUAGCCGAAGGCAUUUAUAAGAUGAACCCUGUAUGAUUUUAUAAAACAAUGAAGUUUGUUGUACAUUGUGUGACUGUGUUGUGAAGCAUUAACCCCUGUUGGUCUGUCUGUCUGUCUACCUGUCUGUGUGUUCCCCCUGUGUUUUAUUUCACUAUUAAAUGUUACCGUAUUGAACCCCAGACACAGACUCCACCUUUCCCCACCCCUGUGGUCCCAGUGCCAGCUCAGUGGUGGUUGUACAGUAUGUAUACCAAAUUGUGUCAUUAGUAUAAAGAGAUCCAUUUAACUUAAGAGACGUGAACGAAUGUUUGUGGCUGGCCACCUGAUGCUCCCACUAUCAGCCCCCCAACUCCUCACAGCCAUCCCCCCAAACACUCCCACCCUCACCCCACUAUCAGCCCCCAACUCCUCACAGCCCUCCCCCCAAACACUCCCACCCUCACCCCACUAUCAGCCCCCAACUCCUCACAGCCCUUCCCCAAACACUCCCACCCUCACCCCACUAUCAGCCCCCAACUCCUCACAGCCAUCGCCCCAAACACUCCCACCCUCACCCCACUAUCAGCCCCCCAACUCCUCACAGCCCUCCCCCAAACACUCCCACCCUCACCCCACUAUCAGCCCCCAACUCCUCACAGCCCUUCCCCAAACACUUCCACCCUCACCCCACUAUCAGCCCCCAACUCCUCACAGCCUCCCCCAAACACUCCCACCCUCACCCCACUAUCAGCCCCCAACUCCUCACAGCCAUCCCCCAAACACUCCCACCCUCAUCCCACUAUCAGCCCCCCAACUCCUCACAGCCCUCCCCCAAACACUCCCACCCUCAUCCCACUAUCAGCCCCCCAACUCCUCACAGCCCCAAACACUCCCACCCUCACCCCACUAUCAGCCCCCCAACUCCUCACAGCCAUCCCCCAAACACUCCCACCCUCAACUUACUAUCAUCCCCCAACUCCUCCCCCUGUCUCCUGGAUGGGCUCUUUCCCUCCCUCCUCUCACUAUAAACUCUGCCCCCUUGGCCAGGAGAAUAUACUACCACUUCCUGUUUCUCCCUCUUACCUGCUUCGCCCCCAUCUGGUCAUGUGAUAGAAACCUUAGCAACGAUACAAGUACUGUACGAUUGUGCGUUCUGCCUUGCCCCCCUCUACCCCCAACCCCCUGGCACCAGCUUGUAAAGAACCAGAAGAUUGUUUAGUCAUCUCUAUGUGCAUGUAUAAACUUACUGAUAUUUAUAUACCGUGCUCUGAAAACCCCAGCCCCUCUCUCCUCUCCUCUUUGUCGUACUGUAAAGUGAGCAGACUCAGUAUUGCGUGUUUUAACCAUGGGUUGUGCACAAUGGAUAAGUAGUCAAAACAUCAUCAAUAAAGAUACAUAUGGCUCACUCAAUGUCAUACUGUCCAACAUGA